AUGGAAAUAGAAGUUCUAGAUGCGCCUAAACCAUUGGACCCCAUAGACGGCAAGGAUAUAGUCAUAGCUAACACCGUGAUCAGGAAAGUCGAACCGGGCACCGAAGAACCUAAAAAAGAAACCUCGGACGAAGUUGACUUGACAUGGACUAAGACAAGCGGCCUUGACUUGACUUUCUAUUUUGUUUUUUCCAAUUUGCAGGCAGAAUACCUGGACGAUGAUUUCUUCCAAGAUGAUGAUAAUGAUGUUGAUGAUGAUUAUGUGCCACCUAAAGAAAAACAGAAAACUAAAUUCAAGAAACCAAAGUUGUCUGACAUCAAAGUAUUCAAGGAAAAGAAAAAAACUGUUGUUAGAAAACUGAAAGUAUUAUCCAAGUCGGACAGCUUUGAAAGCUUGAGCUCUAGUGAUGAUGGCAAAGGCAAGACAGCUACAACAAUAACAUGCUAUCCCAUAAUGAAGAACGGCUCCCGCGGACCACCGAUUCUCCUGAAGCGGCCAAAAGACGCGACCAUCCUCAAGGUCCACCCCAACUACAAGCCCAGGGCAGAAGGCACGCGUAUCCUUCGGCGCGAAAAGCCUGUCCGCAUGGUGCGCUCGGCCAAACCCAUCGUCAAACAGAGGGAGAAGAUGGUGUGUCCGGUCUGUGGCAUACUUACAUACACACUUGGCAACCAUAUCGCUACACAUCAAGAGAAAAAACGUUAUUCCUGCAGUCAAUGCACACGAUCGUUCGCGCAGAAGGCGAACCUGCAUGUACACAUGAAGCAGCACACGGGCGUCAAGGACCACAUCUGCGAAGUCUGCGGCGCCGGCUUCUACAGCCAGAAGUCGCUAGUCAGGCAUAAUCUAAUCCACAAAGGCGAGAGGCCGUACCCGUGCACGCUGUGUAAUAAGCGAUUCAUCGCACGUUGCGAUCUGAACCGGCACUUACGCAUUCACUCUGGCUACAAACCGUUCAAGUGCGCCACAUGCACCAUGUCCUUCAACGCCAAACACCAACUGCAGAACCACGAGCGUAUGCACACGGGCGAAAGACCGUACUCUUGCCAAGUAUGCAACGUGUGCUUCAGCUACAAAGUGAACCUGAACAACCACGUAUACAAGGUGCACGGCAUCAACCUGAAGUUCAAGUCCAUCCACGUGGUGACCGAGGAGAUCCUGCGCCGCGAGAUGGGGCUGGCGGGCGAGGCGCGCGCCGCCAUCGCGCACAUCCUGCCCAAUCUGGACCAGUCGCAGGAACAACCGCAGGUCGACUAUGCGAUCGCACACUAAGCUACUUACAGACUUUGGAGAAAGGACUGGGAAAACGAGAGAAUUUUGAGAUAUUGACUUUUAAAUAUCAAAGUGUUCUUGCGAUCGCAAUUAAGUAAUGCGUAAUACAUUGCCGCAAAACUUUUAUUAGACCAGUCACUGGAGCAGGUGCAGGUCGAUUAGACAGUCGCACAGUAUAUGUAAGCGACAAUAAUACAGUUUCGAGAAAGGAGACACAUUUUGAGAUGUCCACUUAAUACUCAAAACUAAUCAAAGGGUCGCAAUUAAUUUGUAUAUGUACAAAACUUGUAUUAGACCAGUUGCUUGAACAGAUGCAGGUCGAUUGAUUACGAAGUGGCACACUAAGCGACAAUUACAGGGUCGAGACAGGACAUUUUGAAAUAUUGACUAAUAUCAAAGGGUCCUUGCGAGCACAAUAAGUUCGUAAUACAUUGCCGCUAAGCUAGAACACCUAGUGUUGAGAAAACACUAAGGCAACUUUCUUCACUGGCUCAAUGGCCCAAUAAGAAUCUUAACCGGUACAAGAGAUCGUCAUUCUCCCCACUGGGACGUUUUGAGAUAUUGACUUCGUACAAAUAUCAAAAUGUUCUUGCAAUCACAAAUUAAUGCAUAAUAAUACCUACGGUUACUUUUUUGUACAAAUGCCAAACCAUUAAAGAAAGAUUGACCAUGCACUAAUAUACAGACAUAGCUAAGACCCCUCAAUAAUAAUAGAGACCAUGGAAUUUGAGUAUGCAGGGAGUUAUAGUGCAAUUUUGUUGAACUCUUUGUUUUUACUGGUUAAUUUAGAUUUUACAUAUCAUGUUUUUUUUUCGAAUCACAGACUGCGUGUUGCGAUGUUGUAUUAUAUCGCCAAUAUUAGAAGGAAUCCAUCUUGCAACAGAUCAGACGAUUUGGAAUUUUUGUCCUACAUAUUAAUGCCUAGGUCAUGAUCGCCCCAAAAUAUUUGCUCAGCGAGUGGUUCCGAUGGCCUGUUGGCAAAGAAGCUGAAAUUUGUUCAGCGGUAGCAUUAAGUUGUGUAUGUAAUAAUAAUAAUGAAGAAGCGAGUAUUAAAGUUUAUUGUAAUUUUUAAA